AUGGCGGAGUUUCAUCUUCCUUCCGAAACCGAAAACGAAACCGAUCAUAUUCCGGCCGAUGAUUUAGAAGAGGACGCUACUUUCAUCGACGAAGAGUAUCUCAACUACCUCCAUUACUUGGCUUCACGGAGCAACCAUGAAGUCGAGACGUUUGGGACUUACGAUGAAAUCUUUGGUCGAGUGUUGGGUAAUUCAUCUUCCACGCGGCGGAAGGAAGCGGUGGAUGAGCUUCCGGUGGUGGAACUGACGGCUGAGGAACUGAUGGAGAGAGGUUUGGUGGUUUGUGCCAUAUGUAGAGAGGAGCUCGCUGCUACUCAGAGACUCACUGAGCUUCCUUGUCGGCAUUAUUACCAUAAAGACUGUAUCUCGAAUUGGUUGACUAAUCGCAACACUUGUCCUCUUUGCCGUCACAAUGUUAGAAACUAA